AAACAAAAUCCAAGUCGAAGAGAGAGAGAGAGAGAGAGAGAGAGAGAGAGAGAGAGAGAGAGAGGGGAGAGAUAGAGAGAAAAAGAGAGAAUCACGAAGGUAGAGUGUUUAUCAAUCAUUUUCGAAGUUUUAGAGAGAGAACGCUAUACUUUUAUGGCUCCUUUUGCUACAGUUUAUGAUUUGUGAAGAGAUUAGUACAUUUAUCUUUCUUGAUUACAAACAGUUAUAGAGUUGGUUGGUUUUUUUGUGUCUUUGUAACUUUUUAGGGGUUUUUUUUGUUCUUAAAAAUGGCGAGCACGGGUCCAAACGAUGACGUUGUUUCCUUGGAACUCCCCGCACCUUCGGGCUGGAAAAAAACGUUUUCACUAACAAAAGGAGGGACACCAAACAAGAAUGCAGUUGUGUUCACUUCACCAACAGGGGAAGAGAUCAAGAACACAAAGCAACUGAAACAGUACCUGAAAUCACACCCUGGUGGGCCCAAGAUUUCUGAGUUUGAUUGGAGAAGUGGUGAGACUCCAAGAAGGUCUUCAAGAAUCAGUGAGAAAGAAAAGUCAACUCCACCACCAGAUCCUGAACCGGUCAACAAACGCCCUAGAAAGUCAACCUCUUCCAAGAAAGGCAAGAAAGAAGAAGUAGAAGAUGUUGAAAUGAAGGAUUCUGAAAAGGUUGAGAAAGAUGAUGAGAAAAGUGAAAUUCCAGAAAUGCCCCUGGCAGAUGAAGUGGCUGAGACUGUAAACGAUGUUGAUAUGAAGGAUUUGGAAAAGGCGGAGGGAGAAGAGGAUGAGAAACCAAAAGAAGAGGGCGAUGGGAAGUGUGAAAUACCAGAAAUGCCCCUGUCGGAGGAAGUGGCAUUCGAGACUGUAAAAGCGGUGGAUGAAGAAAUGUGUGAAAUACCAAAACUGCCCUUGGAGGAAGUAACUAAGCCAGAAGAAGAUGAGGAGUCGAAAGCUGCAGAAACCAAGAAUUUGGAGGGUGAGUCGGUCAAAGAGAUCAAUGAGGAAGUUGGUGAAAUACCAAAAUUGCCCUCGGAGGAAGUAAUCAAACCCGAUGAGUCGGUCAAAGAGGUCAAUGAGGAAGUUUGUGAAAUACCGAAAUUGCCCUCUGAGGAAGUAAUCAAACCGGAUGAGUUGAAAGCUGCUGAAACCAAGAACGGGGAAACUGAGCCCGUAAAAGAGGUUGUUGAAGAAGUGUCUGAAAUACCCAAAUUGCCCUCGGAGGAAGUAACUAAACCAGAAGAUGUCAACAAGCCUGAAAACCCUGAACUGCCUCUGGUGGAUGAGCCUGCAAAAGUGGUCAAUGAAGAAGCACUUGAAAACCCCAAAACGCCCCCGCCGGAGAACACAACCAAUCCCAUCAAUGAAGAACCAGAACCGGUUGUUGUCAAGGAUGCUGUUCCGGUGACUAAAGUGGAAGCAGGCGGUGGUGGUGCUGCGGCGGAGAAUGGCUGUCCGGUGGCGGAGGAGAAGCCUUCAUGGGAGGAGAUAAAGAUAGAGUGA